AUGCAGGAUUUACGUGACUGUAAGUUUAUUUUUUUAUUGUUCGUUGGGUUUUAGGCUUCCUCGUCGUGCAAUUCAGCGCAUAACCGGUUGAACUAACAGUAAAUUUACGUAUUUAGUUAUAAAACGUCAAUGGAUGUCGAAGAUCGGCGAGCAGGUGCUUGGCGGCCGUCUGGAAGAAGCCUCAUUGAUGGGCAAACUCUCAGACGAUGUAGUCCAGUUCAUAGAGAAGUUGAUCCGAGAGAAUGCGACAUUGAUUCAGGAGAUUGUCGAGUCAAAAGUAGAGGAACCAGCUCCGGAACGUAUCUCGCUGAACUCCAAAACUUUCAGUCGAAAUAUCUCCCCAGUUUCUUCGGUUAGCACACUUGCUUCCGGUGUGGACAGCAUGUCAGUGACGUCGAAAAGCCGUUCGCGCGGUGGCAGGGGCAGGGCCAAGCCUGAGGAGAGGGUAUGGACAUUAUUUUUUAUAUUUUUGUUGAUUUAGAUAUUACUUUAGAAAAUUUUGAAAUUCUUGAUAUUUUGAGGUUUCAGCCUGAAUCUUCAAGCUCCUCCGUGAAGAAUGCGAAAGUUCCAAGCUACGUGAAGCUAGGAGGCUUACUCUACUCCUUUUCGUUCUCUCGAUCCGACACAAAAUUGUUCGUUUGUUGUGGUGGAUGGGACAAGUCCUUUAUUCCGUGGGCGUCGUAUGUCUACAUCAAAGAUGGAUAUCCAGAUGAGAUCAAAAGCGGUUUAGAGGACUCCAAUAAGAAGAGUUUUUUCACCAAGAACCUGAAGCAAAUUGCAAUUUUAUCCAAUUUUCAUUGGUCUCAAUUCAGCUGUGCUGAUCGAGUUCGGAAGGGUCUUAGGGUAAGCUCAAGGCUUGUAUGAAUAUGGAAGGUGUCUAAGUUGAUGGGAGAAGUCUUGAAUUAGCGCUGAGACGAAUUUGGAGAAUGAAUUUCAGUUGUAACCAACUUUUCUUGAGGUUUAUAUUAAUUUAGGUAUAUUUUCUGUUCAAAUAUUUUCUUUGGCCUGCCUGUGCCAUAUUUUUUGAUGAAGCAACAUGAAAUUCUGUACAAAUAACAUGAAAGGUUUAAAAUCUUGUUUGCCAUUAGAAUUACCUUGUAAAAUUUCUAUCUUUGUACAAUUUUGAGGUGUUAUGUUAUACUACCCUAACUUUUUCCAGGAAUUCCUCUCAUAUAUCACGAAACAGGCGCCAAAUGCCAAAAUUCGGAUUGCUGGCCUCUUGCGGAAGACCGAGAGUGGCCCUGUGAUAAUGUACAACACCACUUUGAUGCACAUUUGCGAGGAAUUUUCGGAUGUUUCUUACGUUGAUGUGGACACCAUUCCAUGUGCCCAGAAAUUCUUUGGAACUGGACUCUCAAAGGACGUGAUCAAAGCUAUAUUCAAAGAAGUUACAAAUUUUUAA